AUGCUCAGGUCUUUUCUUACCCUGUCUCUUCUAUCCUCCUUUUGGUUACCAUGCCAUGGGUAUUUCAGCCAGGGAUGGCAGCCGGGCCAACCAGUGACCAAGUUCUUGACCCCCAUCUCCACCACCACCGCGGAAAGCGCGUUGCCGACUGACCCAGGGACUGCGCCCGUGAAAUCUCAUAGCUGGAAGGAUUUCAAGUUGGGUCUGGAAGACAUGCUGACAUCUGGGCCCGUGUCAUCGGUGCUCAUGCGCUUCGGGUUCAACAUCUCUGAAAAACUAGCCCUCGCUCGAGAAGGCGUGCCCCCUCGAUUUGUGCAUGAGAUACCCCUAAUAACAGAUAGCAACUAUGAAGACAUGAUCCACAAUGAGGACUUUACGUCACUGGAGGAGGAAAAGAAUCGGGUAUGGGCUAUUCUUGUUUCUGUGGGUAGCCAAGAUCCUGUCUCCCAUUUCUUCGACCAAACGUUCGAUGGUGCGCACAAUCUCACCGUUCAAGCCGGGGAUGCGGACAAUAUUCGUUGGGGGCGCGUCGAUUACUUGGACGUCACUGACAUUACAACUCGAUGGGUCAUUUGGAGGGCACCGGUCCUAGUCAUUGCGACCGACCGCGGUUUGACGCUCCGAUUCUUCAAGAUCGGAGCACUUUCGCGGAUGAAAAGUCCAGAAGAAAUGCGCCACUUUGUCAUCAGUCGUGAAUGGGAGCAAACUGCCUCCUGGUCAGGACCAUGGAGUCCCCGAGGAAGUCGUGCUGGGUUCCUUGCCAAAUACGCAAAGAUGUCUACCAUGAUUUACACCUACUUGAAUUCGAUCCCCCGUUGGCUGUUGCUCCUAGUGACCGCGACGACUGCAUCUGCUCUCAUCCAAUUCUUACAUGCUAAUGACGCCGAAGAAGCGAAAGCACGAAAGAAAAUUACUAAUGCGAAGGAAAAAGACCGGGAAAAACAAGAGGAGGAUCCCCAAAAUUCGAAAGGGAAGACUAGCGUGGUGAAGACCGACAACCCCCCGACGAAGAGGAAGGGGAGGAAGUAA